AUGGGGUUGGGAGUGUUGGACGAUCGCCAGAUGGCUGCUCCUCCCGGAACGUCCACGCUUGGUGCAUCAGCAGCAGCCGAAGAUCCGUCAGUCGACACUACUGGAAUGAAGCGUGAUGGCGAUAUUGUUCUCCAGCCUCAGCCGUCCGACAGUCCGAACGACCCGUUGAACUGGUCCGCGGCACGGAAGGAAAUUAUUAUGAUCAUUCUGGCAUUCAGCUCUGGUGUCACAACUUCCCUUGGUCCCAUGGUUACUCCAGGUCUACCACUUAUCGCCAAAAAGUACAAUGUCAGCAUCGAUAUGGUCGCGAGUCUCGUCAUUGGAUUCCUCGCAUUCUGGAUCGGCUUCACGACAUUCUUCACCGCAGCUGGUGCCAACAUCUGGGGCAAACGACCUUUCUUUGUGAUAUCUACCAUCUUGCUCUUGGUCACCAACGUAUGGGGCUAUUUCACCAAAUCGUUUGUGUCCCUGGCUGUUAUGCGAGUCGUCCAAGGUAUCGCUUCCGCACCGCUUGAGACUCUGGUCACAUCCACCGUCUCAGACAUGUACUUUGUCCAUCAGAGAGGAACACGCAUCAGUAUAUGGGGCUGUAUGCUCGCCAGUGGCGUUCUCCUUGGCCAGACCAUUGCAGGCGCGAUCAUCGAGAAUAUCUCCUUUGAGGCCACCUUCGGCAUCUCGGCUCUGAUCUUCAUUCCCAUCCUCCUCGCCAUGUAUUUCCUCGUUGUCGAAACGACCUACUAUGGCUCCCGUCCUGGCUCGCAGAAAGAACUUGAGCCAGAAGAAAAAGGCUCAUCUUGGUCCGAGUAUGGCGAAGACAAAGAGACGUACCGUCAACAAAUCGCACUCUUCCGCGGUCGCCUCUCCACUGAGUCUUUCUGGCGAAAUGCAUGGAAGCCUGUCCCACUUAUUGCUUAUCCCGCCGUGCUUUUCUCUACUGUAGUCUACGGCACGUACUUCACCUGGCUGCUCACCAUCUCCAUCCUCUCAGUGUCCAUCUUCUCCGCACCUCCAUACUCUCUUGGACCCGCGCAAAUUGGCCUCACAAACCUGCCUCUUCUUGUUGUAGGCCUCAUCGGCUCACCCCUCUCAGGCUGGGCAGCAGAUUCCAUUGCAAAGCUCAUGGCGCGCAAGAACAAGGGCGUUUUUGAGCCUGAGUUCCGCCUUACUCUUAUGCUGCCUGCUGUCAUCUUUGCGACAAUCGGUUUUCUGGGCUUCGGCAUCAGCGCCCAGCGCGGUGCUUCCAUCUACCAACUCAUUGCUUUCAUGUCAAUCCACUCUUUCAGUGUGCCAUUCGCAAGUACGGCGAGCUUAACGUAUGUCAUCGAUUGUCAUCCACGAGACGCAAAUCAAGCGUUUGUUACUAUUAAUUUUACCAAGGCUGUGUUCACCUUCAUUGCCACCACAUACGCGAACGGCGUCAUGGCGAGCAUUGGACCGAGCAAGGUGUUCGUGGCAAUCACGAUGAUUAACUUGAGUGUUUGUGCCUUGACGAUUCCGGCUUACGUAUUUGGGAAGAGGUUUAGGGCUCUGGUCGCGAGGAGUACAUUCGGUCAGAAGUUAUCAGGUUAA